AUGCGCGACUCCCUGAGGAACAUUCUAAAGAAAAUCGAAACUGUGUGUUGUACAGCCGACUGCUGGACGUCGUUCCAUCGCAGCUUCUUGGGUGUUACCGUGCACUGGAUUAACCCAGAAUCUCUGGCAAGAGAGUCCGCAAUCUUGGCAUGCAAACGUCUCACAGGGCGCCAUACCUACGACGUUCUCGCUGCUGCCUUGCAAGACGUCUUCCGAGAGUUUAAGAUAACAAACAAGAUCUUGGUCACUGUAACCGAUAACGCAUCCAACUUCAUCAAGGCAUUUCGAGUGUUCGGCCAGGAGCCUUGUGAAGAUGAUCUGGAAGUUGACCUUGUCGACGUCUCGGCUAAUUUGGAUGACCCGCCAGCGACCUCGGCGGAUUUCAUCUGCCUGCCAAACCACCAACGCUGUGCGGCUCACACACUCAACCUUGUGGCCAACGUCGACGCUCGUGAAGCUUCCCAUGAUGCAAGCUACAGCCGCUGCUCAUCGAAAACCCUCAGCAAGUGCAGAGCUCUCUGGAACAGGCAGCAGCACUCUACAGUUUCUUCAGAGAUCAUUUCCAGGAAGCUCGGUCGUCUUUUGAUCGUACCAUGUGCGACCCGAUGGAACUCAUUGUACGACGCUCUGAGUUUUCUUAGUGGAAUCGAUCGAGCUGUGUUGGAUGGUAUUUCCGACGAACUGGCCCUACCAAGGCUUCAGGACGAAGAAGUUCUGUUCAUCGAGGAGUAUACAAAGGUCAUGAAGCCAUUGGCAAAGGCGCUCGACAUCCUACAAGGGGAAAAGUACAUGUAUAUGGGAGCUCUUCUACCCGUGAUAUGGUCAGUCUUGAAGGCACUUGACGAGAUGACGCCGCUUAAAGUUUGUGGAGCUCUUGUCGACGCUCUAAAGCAAGGAGUGUCCUCGAGGUUUGCAGAUCAGCUCGAGAACAAAGAUCUUCUUGUUGCGUCUGCUACGCACCCACGAUUCCGGCUGGCAUGGGUGGACUGGGGGAAAAGAGACAGCAGCUGGCUGGAAGUGAAGGAAGAAUUCGAGAAGCUGGUUUCCAGCGAAAGCUCUGACGUCAGACCCGCACAAUCCAGCGAAGACGAGGAUUUCUUCGGGGUCCUCUUCGACGGAACUGUCUCCGAUGAAUUGCAACAGUGGAAGUUAACUAUGAUUGCUUGUACCAUGCCGGACUUUGAAGUUGUCAGCUGUCAAACGUGA